AUGUUAUUGAAGAACUACCACAAAUCUUUAUACCUCCUAUCUUCAUCUUCAUCAGUGGCAUCACUCAUACUUUUCAAACAACAACUUAAAACGGGAGGCACCACUACUACUGCUUCGACAACCACAAAGACAAAACACAGCUUUUCAACAACCACGAGCAGUCUUUCACCAAGGACAUCAAGAAAUAACGCUCCUAAUAUUGCUGGGCUACCCAUGAUUUCAUCAAUUUACAGUUAUUUCUUCAACAGCAACAACUCAUCGCAAUCCUCAUUAGAUGCCCAAAAUUCACAACAGCUGAGAUCUUAUGCCACAAACAACCCAAACGUAUCUCUAGACUAUAUCAGCACAUUUAAUCCUAGACUAGCAACGAUUUUCCACCAACUAGAUGCUAUUGCUCCACGAUUCUUGUUGAACAAGGGUGAUAUUGAAAUAUUAACAGAGCCAGCUCAAUUUUACCUGACCUUGAAGGCCAAGAUAUCUCAAGCUAAAAGCCGAGUUUACUUGUCCUCAUUAUACAUUGGUAAAUCUCAAUACGAAUUGGUUCAAUGUAUAGAUGAUGCAUUGGCUAAAAAUCAAGAUUUAAAAGUUUAUUUGCUCACCGAUGUUUUACGUGCUACGCGUGAAGCACCCCAUCAUCCAAGUUCUGCAUCUUUAUUAGCUCCAUUGGAACAGAAAUAUGGCAAACAUCGAAUCGAUAUUAGAAUGUACCAUACACCAACUUUGACUGGUUUCACCAAAAAAAUUGCACCCAAAAGAUUGGAUGAAGGAUGGGGUGUACAGCACAUGAAAUUAUAUGGGUUUGACGAUGAGAUAAUCUUAUCAGGAGCCAAUUUAUCCCAAGAUUAUUUCACCAAUAGACAGGAUCGGUACUACUUACUCAAAAGUAAGGCAAUUACCGACUACUAUUUCCGUCUUCAUCAAGCCAUUGCAUCAAUAUCGUAUCAAAUUCGUCAUACUACUCAAUUGAAACAAGGUUUCAAGUUGAUCUGGCCCACCACCAAUGCAUCCUGUGAACCACACCUCAAUACCCAUCGAUUCUUGAGCGAUGCUUCACACUUGUUGAUGCCAAUAUUGAAACAACAUGAAUUGACUUCUUUUGAUGAGUUUAAAGAUCAUGAAAAUUUCGAUACAAUUGUAUACCCCGUUUCACAAUUUACUCCGUUGUUUUUACCAAAUCAGGAUUUAUCAACUGAAAAACCAGCAAUUUUGCGUUUAUUAUCCUACAUUGAUUCUCCCAAAAUCAAAUGGUGGUUUACUGCUGGAUAUUUCAACAUGUUGCCACAAAUUCAAGAUAGAUUGAUCAAUAGCAGUGCCCAGGGCUCAGUCAUUACCGCCUCACCAAAAGCAAAUUCAUUUUACAAGUCAUCGGGUUUAUCAUAUUACUUGCCGGAAGCAUACCUUUUGUUUGCCAAGAGGUUUCUCGAACAAGUGAAGAAGUUGGGCAAGGAAACAUUGAUUACAGUGUAUGAAUGGCAAAACGGAGUUGUCAAUACCCCAGGUGGAUGGACUUACCAUGCAAAGGGAUUAUGGCUCACUGUCCCUGAGGAAGAUGAGCCUAGUAUUACCGUGAUUGGAUCUUCAAACUACACCAAGAGGGCAUAUAGUUGUGAUUUGGAAAGUAAUGCUAUAAUCAUAACUAAGGACGCUGACUUGAAAAGGCAAAUGAAGCUGGAGAUUGAUCAUUUGAUGGAACAUGUGACGGAGUUAACAGUUGACGAUUUCCAACCAAAGCCACUACUGAUGGAUCAUGCACCAAGCGGGGUUGUGAUACAAGAUUUUAACGCAGAGAAACUUCUGGAUAUUUCUAGAGAUGAAGUUUCCGAGAAGCUGCAGCUGCAACACCAGGAACUUCAUCCUAAAUAUGCAGUUGACGAAGAUAGAAGAAUCAGCUAUAGAGUUCAUUUGGCGGUGAAGUUGCUUGGUGGCAAAUUGUGA